GCUUUUUUCCCGGCAUUUGUGCGUUUGUGUUUUCCCGUUUAACCAUAAUUUUUGUCUGAAAAUGGAGUCCAAUCCGUUCGCAAAGAUCAACACGAUGAUAUUCGACUACUUCGCCGAAUGGAAAGAUCCGCAGAAUGGAGCCGUUGGUCCAUUGCGUCCUCGACGCUGCGGCGAGAUUAUUCGCUACCACAUUGAUGAUUUCGCUGAAUCCGGCGACCUGAGCAUUGCCACAAAUGCCCAACACUGGGAGAGCUUCUGCCAGAGGCUGGGCUGCAAGUUGCGUCGCGACCAGGAACGCCUCAUGGAGGAUCCGCAGCAGCGCGAAGAUUUGAUGGAAAUUUCCAAGAAUUGGCUGAUGCCGAUUAAGUGCAUGUUCGAGUUGCAGAUGGACCGCUACGGUUUUAGUUUGGACCGCGCUCCGGUCAUCCGUUAUGCCUUGACAACGAUUCUCAAGCAGGGCAUGAACUAUGGCCAUUCCGAGAAGUCCAAUAAGACGCUGGUCUUGUCUCUGAAUCUUGGCGCCAAUAUGGGCCAGCCCGAUGGUCCAAUUGAGCUGCGUCACUACCGCCUCAAGAAGCUUUACGAGAUUGUAAAGCGUUUGGUGGAAUGCUCCAACUGGCGCAUGGUGACUGGCUCCGAUGCUUCGGCCGAUUCGCUCCUGGUGAACGUGGAGGCCCAACGAUGCACCUUGACGCAGCGUCAGGGUCAUGUCUGCCUGGUUAGCGGACCGGUUCUGGAGCCCGGCACCAAAACAGCUACCGACUUGGAUCUGGAGGACUAUUUGAAAAUACGGUCCACUCACAUGCGCUUGAUGGCCGUGCACCGCAGUGGCGUGCGUCCGGUUGGCUUCGGCAGCCAGGAGGGAUUGAUGCGCCGCCUCGGAGAGGCCGCUGUGAUUGUGGAUCUGUUCUCGGUGCGCCAUGCCUCGGCGGCCUGUGUUGUCCGCAGCGGAAUGGGCAGCUCCAAGGGCGCCUCCUACAUUCUGUACAACUCGGCCCGUAUCGAGACAUUGUUGCGCAGCUUUGACAGUCAGGUGAAGGCUGGUAUCUAUGAUCCCUUGCCGCCGCUGGAGAUGAUUGAUCUCAGCAUCUUGGAGGAUGAGAUGGAUUGGCAGUUGAUUUUUGCAUGUCUGCUUAACUUUCCGGAGGUAUUGGAGUCUACCAUUGACCAGUUGGAGCAUGGACUGGUGGGUGUUCAUCUGCUGAUCCGUUAUCUGGAGAACUUGGCCACCGUCUUCAGUCGCUACUAUCGCCAGAAGAAGGUGCUUGUGCAGAAGCGCGAUCAACUAGUACCGAUCCUGUACGCCAGGAUCACUCUCGUUAAGGCUGUGCGUGUGGUGAUGAACCAGGCACUCUCCGUGCUGGGCAUCAAGCCCGUUGACUACGUUUAGACACGGAUCUGUCGAUCGGAUCUAAAAAGAAAAGAAGUAGAUAACCAUAAAACCUCACCAAAAGAAGAGAGAAGACUAUCUAGAACUAGGGCACUGCCGAAAGCGAGGCUUUAUCCUUCAUAGCAUUUAGACAUAAGAGUACGUACUGAAACGUAUGCCUUCCACUGAGAAUAAUCAAACAAGUUGUAUCUUAAUUUGAAUAAAGACAUUGUUUAUUCACCCUA